AUGGUGGAAAAGCUGUGGACUGGAAGCCACCUCUCUGUCUCCGGAGCAGCUUCACUUUGCCAUUGCUUCUACUCUGCCUGAGCCGGAGUUUGCAAGGAGCAGAAUUGCCUACACCAAAUCGAACUCCAUCGAAAACGUUCUCGUAGAUCUGUUUUACAAACAUGAAUCCACUGAGGACUUGAAGAAUCUGUGCCGAGCAGUCGAAGAGUGGAAUCCCUCGCUGGCUCUUUCACUUCCAUCUCAGUUGAAAUUGUUUUGUACGAGACUCUGAAUGAAUUAGCAGGGGAAGCCAGUAAAGUCCAAGGGAAGGAUGUGUUCCCCUACUUCCAUGAACUCAGGAAGAAGCAAAUGGAGAUGUACAUGAAACUCAGGGAGACUAAAUUGGGAGGACAAAGCGGGGAGUACUCAUUGAAGGACUACAUCGAGCAUGGUAAAACCGAACUGGGCGUGGCCGUCAGAUUGCUACCUUCCGUGUUUCUGAUGGGAGAGCGUCUCAGGGAUCUGGAUCUGCUUUGCUUGAACGAGAAAUCCAGGAUCCAGGAGAAGCUCUCGGUGUUCUUGAGACUCUACGUCGAUCUCCAAAUGCACAAGAACUCGCUGGCGCAGGGUGGGAUGAACGCGGUGGCGGUGAGCAUGGAGGUGGGGAAGCGGAGGGAGGAGGAAGCGUUGGGCGACGUGGAGGCGCAGAUGGAGGAGGCGUUCGACGAGUUGGUGCACGAGAGCCUGAAGCCGAGCUUGGUGCCUCGCAGUUGCCGGAGACUGAUGUUCGAGCACGCUCGGAUCACGCAGUUCUUCCUGCACGACGACUUCACCUCGCCGGCGCACCGGCUGAAGAUUGCGGAGGCCAUGGAGCGGUUCCGCACGCCCGUUCCGAUCGACAGUACGGCGUGA